GGCGGUUCGCUUGAGGGCAACCUGCUCGUCACCCCCCAGUCAAGUCUCAAAUAGAGAGACAGGAUGGAUCUGGGAGAUCUGAUCGAUCUCUCCGAUCCGCCAGACAAGACAUCGCCGCCCGUUCGCCCGACCAACAUCCCACCCCCCUCCGUGCUGCUGCAGCUGUUCCCACGCGUGUUCGACGAGCUCCAACAGGCCGCAUUACGCGCCAAGGCCAUCCCAGGAGCACAUGCAGAGGUCGAGAAAGUUGCCGAAUCGAUCCGGCGCACACUCAAGGUGGUAGCCCGCGUGGUGGCCGGCCGAACCGCGCGCUGGAAACGAGACACGUUCCUAAGCCAGAGCAUGCGGAUCGGCCCCGCUCGGCCGGGGGGCAAGACCGGGGGGAUGAAGCUCAGCAGUGUCAACAAGAGCGAGAGCGUCAAGGAGCAGCAGGAGGCGGGCGACCUGCUUCAGCUGUGGCGGGACAGGACGGCGGUCUUCAACUCGGCGGUUCUUUCGGCUGGGAAACGGCCGGUGCCUCCGCCGCCGGACGACGCCCGUGCCAUCAUUGCCCCCGGUGCCCUCAAGGCUGCGCAUGCGUGUGCCCUGUGCGGGCUAAAGCGCGAGGAACGGCUGACCAGGACCGACGAGCAGGUUGAGGAUAGCUUUGGCGAGUGGUGGACGGAACACUGGGGGCAUAGAGACUGCCAGCUCUUCUGGGACGAGUAUAAGCAGUGUCUUGACCAGCGAUGACAUAAAUCAAGUCAUCUUGCAUAGCUAUUAUUACCUAUUGUACAUAAACUUGCCCCUACAUAUCGGAGGAGAUGCCCCACACGUAGUGAUAACAGAUAAGAAGCUGCCUGACAGUCCUCAGUGAUGUUGAACCAACAGACUAAG